AUGGAUGACGACGGCGAGGGAGGUAAAGAUCCUCCUUCAGAAUGUAAUGUCGAGGAAAUACUAUCCGAGGAAAUAGUCCCUGGAACUGUCGACCAGCAUAUCACUCAUAACCCUAAAAAUGAUCAUAAUGCUCAACCAACAUCAACACCCCAAGAGAACUUACCACUCGAAAAAGAUAACGAGCUGCCUAAACCGCCCCCUCGCCGUCGGGUUUACCAACCUGAAUCGACGGGACCUUGGCGUCAGUCGAGUUUGUACUUCGUUCUGGGGCUGCGGUCAAUCCGAAUUAAAAAAUUAAAUUAUCUCAUCAUGGUGGUGAAAGCGCGCAAAUGGCUUUAUGCGAAAAAGUUCGAAGGUGAACCGACGAGCGCCAAUUUUAAGCUGGUGGAGGAAGUGCUUCCUGAGCUGCAGGAUGGGGAGUUUCUGGCGCAGGCCGAGUUCCUCAGCGUCGAUCCGUACAUGCGUCCGUACAUGCGCAGCUACGAGGAAGGAACUUUGAUGAUUGGCGGACAGGUGGCCAAGGUGAUCGACAGUCGGAACGAGAAGUACCCCCGUGGGUCGAUCGUGUUCGGACAGUUUGGCUGGCGGACGCAUACGAUCUGCAACCCGGACAAAUACAACGGUGGUUCUAACUUGUAUCUGCUGCCCGAGUUCGGAUCGUUGCCACUUAGUUUGGGCUUGGGUAUUCUCGGAAUGCCCGGUAAUACGGCAUACUUUGGGUUCCUGGAGCUCUGUACUCCCAAGGAGGGCGAAACGGUUGUAGUCAGUGGCGCAGCUGGGGCAGUUGGAAGUGUCGUAGGUCAAAUUGCCAAAAUCAAAGGCUGCCGGGUGAUUGGGAUUGCCGGAUCGGACGACAAGUGUAGCUGGCUCAAGGACCUGGGAUUUGAUUAUACGAUCAACUACAAAACUGCUAACGUGGCAGAAGAACUCAAGAAGGGGGCACCCAAAGGAGUGGACUGUUACUUCGACAAUGUGGGAGGAACCAUUACUGAGGCCGUGAUGCGCCAGAUGAAUCUGUAUGGGCGGAUUUCCGUUUGUGGGACCAUUUCCAACUACAGUUCCGUGCCGAUCAAGGUGCAGGAUCCACAGACGGAUUUCGUUUUCAAACAACUCAAAAUGGAGGGGUUCAUUGUGACCAAGUGGAGCGCUCGUUGGGUGGAAGGUUUGACGGGUUUGAUGCAAUGGAUCAAAGAAGGGAAGCUCAAGUACCAAGAAACGGUUACAAAUGGAUUCGAAAACAUGCCUCAAGCGUUUAUGGACAUGUUGAAGGGUGCCAACACGGGAAAGGCAGUUGUGAAGGUUUAAAAUAACAUGACUUAAAAUAAAGUAUACCAUCUUAAAA